AUGGAUUGCUAAGCAGUUUCAACAAAUUGUGUUCUAAGAGUAGGAGGAUGUUAAUUUAGAGUUAGUUGUGCUUUAUAUAAAGUUUAGGGUGGCUGCGUUAAGAAUGCUUGUGUAAUCCUACAGCAGCUAAAUUUGUUGAUAAAAGUUGUAGUGUAGCCGAAGCAUUAACUAGUUUUGAUAGUCAUAUUAAAUGUUUAACCGUUGGAAAAUAUACAAUCAAAGCAACUGCAGACAAGGCAAUUGGUCAAGGUUUGUAUUCCAUUUGCUGCUUAUAGUUUAUAUACAAUUAAAGAAUAAUGCAAGAAAAAUACUAAAGAGGAGAACAUUAUUUGGAAUACAAAUGCUGAUCCAGCUACUUGUGCUGACAUAUAAUGUGCCACUGCUCCAAUUGCAUCCUAUAGUGAUCAUGAUGGAUGUAGAGGAUAUCUUGCUGGAUGUACAGUAAAUGUUGUUGAUGUCAAUGGAACACCAACACUUUAAGGAUGUGUUGCAUAUAAUACAUGUAAUUCAUACACUCAUGAAGGAUAAUGUAAGUGUAGUAGUGAUAAGGAUGGCAAAGUUGCAAAUAUUGUAUGUGGAUGGAAUGGAACUAAGAAUGAAUGCUAAUGGGACACUGAAGCUAAUAAUUGUAGAUUAAAAGAAUGCAAAGAUUUUACUGGAAAAACCCAUGCUGCUUACAGGUUGCACAGCAGGAUUAAAUGAAAAAUGCGCUAAAUGAGUAAUUGUUAAGAUAUUAAGGUUAGAGCUACUUGCAUUGAAGGUAAAGUUGGUCCUUGCUUGUGGAUUACUAAAUAUGUGAAUGCUGAUUCUACCCUUGGAGCUUGCUUCUCUUAUGAAUCAUCUCAGAGCUUAGAUUGGAACAGUGAUCGCAACUGCAAAUUGAUUUCUUCAAAUUGUACAACUGAUGGUACUGAAUGUGUAGGAAUUACAAGUUGUGCAGCCACAAUCAUUAAGGGAUGUUGCAAGACAGGAACAAAUGGAUAAUGUAUCUAAACAGUAUCCGCUAAAGGAGCUAUAGAAACUAUUUGCAAGAAGUUUACCUCAUGUGCUGAUGCUUUCUACCUAACCCAUGAUGAAUGUAUUUCAGCUUUUGCAUCAGAUUACGUAACCAGAUGUAUUCUUGCUCAACAUAUACCCAAAACUAAUGUUCCAGAAACAAGGAUGGACCAUAAAAAGAUGCUAAUGGAGGUAUUACAUCAACUGAUAUUUGCGUUUGGGAUGAUACUGCCAAAUAAUGCAAGUCAAUAAUGUUCAGACCAACGUAUACUACAGAAUCAGAAUGCUCCUCCAGAUUGA